AUGGUGCACGGCGGGCUACUCCGGCACAGUUUGCAGCUGAUUGAGCAGCCCAGCAGCCACGAUCCCACAUCCUUUCUGCUGGUCCCCAGCAGCAUCCGACAGGCAGGAGAGAAUCUGGCCAGUUGGCUUGGCAGUCAUUUUCCUGGCCACGGGGUGGCCCCGGCUGAGUUCGAUCCAAACACGUCGGCGCCGGUGCUUGCGGCGAAGAAGCUGAAGGACGAGGUACAGAGAGUAGUCGACUACUACGCCAAGGAUUGCCCCCACAGCCAGAACCUGGAUCCCGUGUGGAAAGGUGCCCAAAAAGAUUGGGAGGCAGCGGGCCACUCUGUCAAGCUCAAGUGGCAGCAGAAGGAGUGCUAUGGGCCCGACUGGAAGAAAGGGAAGGACUAUGAAGAUUGCCAGAAAGAGGGCAUCGAGUCCUUCCCGACCAUCAAAUAUUACUACGGGAAGAAGGAUCAGUUCGGCGAGGAGAUCUUGGAGCACAGCGACAAAGAUCGGCUCCUAGACUUCAUCGAGAGCCGCGCCGAUCCGCAGGCCUGGGACAAGAAGGCAGCAGCCUUUGGCCUCAGCCCUGAGCAGGAGGACGCAGGGCUGAGCGCCUCCUGGGGCGAGGGGCAGUACAUGGCGCCAGCGCCACAUUUCGGAGGUGGCAAAGUGGUGGAUUAUUACUCCACGGACUGCGUCCACUGUCAGCACCUGGACCCCGUCUGGAAGAAUGCGCAGCGCAUGUGGAAGGAGGAUCACCCAAAUGCCAACAGCGAUCUCGUGCAGUGGGAGAAGAAGGAGUGCUUCGGGAGCCGCUGGGAGCCGGGGAAAGACUACGGCGAGUGCCAGGCACAAGGCAUCCACUCCUUCCCGACAGUCAGGUUCCACGCUGCCAACUCGGACGCCUUUGAGGACUUCACGGCCCAGCGGACCGCGAAGAACUUGCUCAACUUCGUGAAUGAACGGGCACAGCCUGCCGAUGGCUGGGAGCAGGCGCCGGCCGACACGCAGGCGGUUGCUGCUGCGCCGGCCAAGGCAGCACGACAGGCAGACGCACAUGACAAGCAAGCGGAGGACAAGCCGGAGCCCGUGGUGGAAAAGGUGGGCAAACCGGAUGACAAGAAGAAAGUUGUUGACACGCAGAAGGCACCAGCCAAGGGCAACCUCCAGGUGCCCGAGCAGGCCACACUCGCCCCCCUGCUGCCUGCGGUGCUGUUAGCUCCACAGCGCAGGGCCGCCUCACGGCAUGGGGCGCGGUUCCUGUGA